UACCUAACAGCAAUAAUAAAGUGCAUAAUUUAUAUAUUACAGUGGUUUUCGUUGGACACUAUCACAAUUUGUUAUGCAGAAAGCCGACAUGGGCAUGAAAAGUCCUGUUGAUAUGAUGUAUUUUAGUCAACCCUGGAUGUUUAUUGCGAUAUUCCCAAUUUCAUUGUUUUUAGAAGGUAAUGAUUUCUGGAAUUGGUGGAUUAAUAAUGAAAAUAUUCGAUGUUAUGAAAUGGUUAUACGUAUAUUAAUGGGAUCGUUCCUCGCUAUUGGACUUGAAGUAUCCGAAUAUUUUGCUGUAUAUAAAACAUCAAGCAUUACACUAAGUAUAAUUGGUAUUAUCAAGGAAAUUUGUAUUUUAAUAUUGGCUGUGGAAUGGAAUGGUGACAAAAUGACUAACAUGAAGUUCUUGGGUUUAGCAAUGUGCAUGAUAGGUGUCACUGGACACGUGUGGCUAAAGUUUUCAAGAUCAAUUGAAAAUCGAUAUGGAAUUAUUGAUAAUGAAGAUAAUAAACAUUUAACGUUACCAGAUAGUGAUUCCGAUGAUUCUGGUAAUUCAAAUAGCUCGACUGAAGUGCUUUUUGAUAUAUUAAACAGGAGGCAUUCUUAAAUAAUAUUGAUAUGCUUUAUGUUUAAAAGGCUGUGAAUUUUUUUUUUUAAACUUAAAACAUUUCCAUCAUUAAUAAUUCAACAUCCAUUGGCUUGAUUAUUUAAGUAACUGUGAUAUUAUAUACCACAAUUGUAUUUAUAUUUGUUUAUUUAGUAUUUAAAAUUAUAMUCACUUAAAUUUUAA